UUUACAUAUAUUGUUAAUCAAUAAACUUGAAAUAUAUAACUCAGAUGGAGGGAAAGUUGGUUUUCUACAAAUCCAAGAAAAAUGUAGUAGCCAUUCUUUUCUUGCUAACCCUAGUGCAAAUCGUGACCAGUAAAAAGCUAUCGGGAUGUGGAGGCUUAGGGUGUGGAUAUCUAAUAUUUAAUGGUUGUUGUCCGGGAUUUACGUGUAGCGCAGAUCAUCAUUUUACAUGUGUUUCAGAUUGCUUAUCUGUGGGGCAAGAAUGUGGUCUCUUCUCUCCAAUCUGUUGUGGAAGUAGCAAGUGUUCAGGCCCCAUUUUAGGAGGCACUUGUAAAUAGCCAUGGUUAUCACAAAGCUCACUUUGCCGGGCAUUGUUUAAUUUGAGUUAUAUUUUUUUUUUAGAUAUAAUGUUAUAUUGUUGCCUUUUCCUAACCAAUGAAUUUUAAUUUGGUGAUCUGUAUUAUAUAAGGGAACUGCUGAAGCGGUGUAAAAAAUGUGAUUAUCUUUUUA